AUGGGUUUAGGUCCCAUCAUGGCGGCUGAAGAGGCGGAUGUGGAUGUUGAAGGGGACGUGGUGCCAUCCACGGCACAGCCAGGAAGCAAUGAAAAUACAGCGUCUGUUUUACAAGAUCACUAUCUUGACUCAUCAUGGAGAGCUGAGAAUGGUCUUAUUCCUUGGACUCUGGAUAGCACCAUCAGUGAAGAGAACAGAGCUGUCAUUCAGAAGAUGUUGUUGGAAGAAGAGUAUUACUUAUCUAAAAAAUCACUUCCAGAAAAUUUCUGGCUUGAUCAAAAGGAAGGUGAUAAAAAAUACAUGAAGAGUCUACAGAAAUCAGCAAAAAUCAUGGCACACUCUCCUACAAAACCAGCCAGUUACUCAGUAAAGUGGACGAUAGAAGAAAAAGAGCUGUUUGAACAAGGGCUGGCUAAAUUUGGCCGAAGGUGGACCAAAAUUGCAAAGCUAAUUGGAAGUCGCACUGUUUUACAAGUUAAGAGUUAUGCCAGGCAGUACUUUAAAAAUAAGGUAAAAUUAGAUGGUCCAGAGAAGGGAACACCACAUCAGAAGAGCAGCAGUGGUCUUCAGAUUAAAAAUGAAGAUGAAGGCACAAAGGCCUGGACGCCAUCAGGUUUAAGGGGACAUGCUGAUCCCAACUUGAAUGCUAUAAAAAUUGAAAAGUUAUCUGAUGAUGAAGAAGUAGACAUUACAGAUGAGGCAGAUGAGGUGACUUCUCAAGCUCCUCCCAAAAUUCCUGGCAGUGAUGUCUUAUUAAACAUUCCUAAUAGUAAAAGUCAUGAAACCAGUCAAGGAGAAUUUAUUGCUUCUUACAACCAGGAAGAUUCCAUAUCUAAAUCUUCCAGGGAAUAUUUUGAGAAUACAAAGCAGGGUGAAAUGGAAGUACUUUCAAGCUCAGGAAUUACAUUUUGGACUGAAAAACAGAGCACUAGUGACAAAAAAUCAGUUGAAUUAAAUGAUCAGAAAUGUAAUAAACUGGUGAAAAGCUGUGAAAAACAUGAUGGAAAUGGAGUAAUAGACGAUGCCAGGCAGCUGCCUUUUCCAGAGCUUUGUGAAGUUCGGGAAGAUCUGAGUGAUGAAGAAAUGCUUUUUCAUUCUUCCUGCCAAAUGGAGGGGGAGAGCCACGAGGAAGAAGAGCUUAAGCCACCAGAACAAGAAGUGGAAAUAGAUAGAAAUACCAUUCAAGAAGAAGAAAAACAAGCAAUUCCUGAGUUUUUUGAGGGGCGCCAAGCUAAGACACCAGAACGCUAUUUGAAAAUUAGGAAUUACAUUUUGGAUCAGUGGGAGAUAUGCAAACCGAAAUACUUAAAUAAGACCUCAGUACGUCCUGGCCUGAAGAACUGUGGGGAUGUUAAUUGUAUUGGACGGAUUCAUACAUACCUCGAGUUGAUAGGAGCAAUCAAUUUUGGAUGUGAACAGGCUGUGUACAACAGGCCACAACCAGUUGACAAAGCACGAGCCAGGGACCGAAAAGAUGCGGCGGAAGCAUACCAGCUUGCACAGCGUCUGCAGUCUAUGCGCACAAGGAGACGUAGGGUCCGAGACCCAUGGGGAAAUUGGUGUGAUGCAAAAGACUUAGAAGGACAAACCUUUGAGCAUCUCUCUGCCGAGGAAUUGGCGAGAAGAAAAGAGGAAAAAUGUAAAUCUGUUAAAUCCUCAAAAGUACCAAGACCAACAAAAAGCUCAUUUGAUCCCUUCCAACUGAUACCUUGUCAUUCUUUCAGUGAAGAAAAGCAGGAGCCAUUUCAGGUGAAAGUGGCUUCAGAAGCACUUUUAAUAAUGGAUUUGCAUGCUCAUGUUUCUAUGGCAGAAGUGAUUGGUCUAUUAGGAGGAAGAUACUCAGAAGUUAAUAAGAUAGUUGAAGUCUGUGCAGCAGAACCAUGUAACAGUCUGAGUACAGGACUGCAGUGUGAGAUGGAUCCUGUGUCACAAACACAGGCCUCAGAAACCUUGGCUGUGAGAGGCUAUCGUGUAAUUGGAUGGUAUCAUUCUCAUCCUGCCUUUGAUCCAAAUCCUUCUUUACGAGAUAUUGACACUCAAGCCAAAUACCAGAGUUACUUCUCCAGAGGCGGUGCCAAGUUCAUUGGAAUGAUUGUUAGUCCUUAUAAUCAGAACAAUCCUUUACCUUAUUCCCAGAUUACCUGCCUAGUUAUAAGUGAUAAAAUUAGCUCAGAUGGCUCUUACCGUUUACCUUACAAAUUUGAAGUACAGCAGAUGCUAGAAGAACCUCAGUGGGGAUUAGUGUUUGAAAAGGCAAGAUGGAUAAUAGAAAAAUACCGACUGUCCCAUAGCAGUGUCCCUAUGGAUAAAAUCUUCCGCCGGGAUUCUGACCUGACUUGUUUGCAGAAACUCUUGGAGUGUCUGAGGAAAACUCUGAGCAACGUGACUAAUUGCUUCAUUGCCGAAGAAUUCUUGACUCAAAUAGAAAAUUUAUUCCUUUCCAAUUACAAAAGCAAGCCAGAGAACGGAGUGGCUGAAGAGAACUGUGCUGUGGGUCCAAAGGAAUUGUUAAUGUAA